AAAUAAAUAAAUAGAAGAAAAAAAAAGAAGACCACAAAAUGAUAAUUUUGGAUAAUCAUCAAGCAACAAACUCUCGAGAAGUUUCCGAUAUAACGUUUUGCCUAAGCUUGUGGAUGCUCUUAUGCAUGAUUGUUUCUGCAUUAGGCAUAAAGAUAUGGUGGUUUAGGCAUCGUUCAUCCUUCGAGCAAGCGGCGAAGGGAAACGAUUCGACAGCUGAAGGAGCAACGGAUAUCACCGCACCGCUUGUCCCGCAACGGCGACGGAAUAAAUGGAUAUUCUCUAAAGACAAGCGCUAUUCGCAACAGAUUUCACAAAGUGCGGCGGAAAUUCAUGGUAUCUUUCGCAUCCGUCAAGACGAAAAUUUCAGUACUCAAAAUAACCCGACGGUGCUAUUACCUAAUCAUGCCAGAAAAAUAUCGGAAAGUGCGCCGUCUUUGCUUUCGCAGGAACAAAAUUUGCCCCGCCCACUGUCACGAGAUACAAUAUAUGAGUCAUCAUCAGCUUCAACAUCAAAAACUUCACAAAAACCUACCCAACGCCCCUCUUUAAUAUUUGAGGCGUUGAAUCGCCCAGUUACGCAUCCGAAAGUCUUGGAAUCGUCAUUGGUAAUUGAGCCGUGCAAUCGCAAUGCGGAAUGUAUUAAUAACAAUGAAAUAGUUGUUAAACGGCAAGAAAACAGGAAUAGUUACAUUAAAUGUGAAGAAAUCGAUUCACAAGUUCAAUACAUAUAUGACUUGCAGAUGUUAAAAGAUCUGAAGAACUGUAAAGAAAAUUUAAUCGCGAAAGAUCAGGAGAAAAAAUGUCCAGCGACCAUUGAUUCUGCUAAUAACACUGCAGAAACGAGACCCCUGCAAGACGUGCCGAUUCGUCAGAACGGCGAGCGAUCUGAAAGCACUGAGACCCCGGCAAAAGGGUGUCCUGCAAAUUAUGAACGAAACCAACUGAACGAAGACUGGGAUCUUUUGAAAGAUUCUCACAGCUUUGUGGAUUCAGAAAGAUUAGAGGAUAAGAGUCAUGACUUGUACUAUGACUCAGUUGCAACGAAUCAAGAGAGAAUUUCAAAUCCAUCAUUAAAAUUUGCUGACAAUAGAAAAUCACUUCAUAUGAAUGUAAAGUGCGUUGACGAUUUAAAGGAGAAAAGUCUUUCGAAUAUUGUUUGGCCCACACAAUUUCGUGCAAAAGAUGUCCAGAAAAUGAUUGCGAGACGUUUAAGCAAGUGCUCUUUAUUAAAUCUAAAUAAGACGAAGACCAAUUUUCAAUUGAACGCGUCUGACAAAAAGGAACUUGAACGUCACGCACAAAAUGAUUUUACAGAAAAUUCGAGACUUAGUAAUACUCCUCUUUCCACAACCAUAAUGUCUACAAGUGAUAACAGUAAAUGUGUAAAUCAUUGCAUUCGAUGUCAGGAGCACUAUGCACAGCCAGAACAAUCUGCAAAUCCCUCCUCCAUUAGAUGUGAACAUCAUCGAAAGCUCGCCAAUCACGAAGGGGAGGGUGAAAUUUCCCAAAAUGCAGCGUUAGGCAGCAGUCGUUCAACUAACCUUCACGUGACUUUUGAAAAUCCACUAAAUUUUAAUGACGAAAACAAUCUGGAGAAUUGUGUCUGCAAUGUUGCUAUAAAAGAACGGCGUCCAACGGGUUAUGAACCACCACAUCAGGACAUACGUGAUUUAACAGAUGUUGCAAUUAUUCCCGGAAUUCGACAUCAAGCAUAUGAUUAUUCUUCCAGCCCUCGUACCGAUAGCAUUAGAAAUGUAGAUAGAAACCUUUUCGAAAUUGCUGAUAGGGAAGAUUUUUUAAAUCUUGAAUUGGAAAAGAAAAGCUUAAGCGGUUUAAUUUCAAAAGAUGCCCGAGCUAGAGGUUGUUCCGGUGAUAUGGGAAGCUCAAAACAAAUGAAGAAAUCGAAAGACCAACAUGUUGCCUUUAAAGUCCUCGAAGAAUUCGAUAUUAAUCGAAAAACUAGAAAUUCGGCUUUAACCAAGAGACGUCCUACCGGCUUACAGGAAGAAGAAAAUUUACACGAUCUUAGGGGAGCGUUCGAACUUGACGAUAACAUAUCUUCGAAAGAUCUUUCUUUCGAUUUCGUUCAAAAUUCAUCCGAUUCAAAAUCCCUCGGCAUCAAAGAUUUUAAUAAAUAUCAAAAUCUUUCACACGAUGACUAUCAACUCUCUGAAAAAUCUCUAUUACAACAUACGCCAAUGCACUAUUACCCGGAUAAAAAACAGAAUUCUAUCUCAUUAGGAAGUGUAAGUUGCAAAGCUUCCGAAAAACUAAGUUAUGCGAAACCCGAUAGCAAUUCUCUAAUAUCGAACAGAGAUAAUAAUGAUUAUGAUGAUCGCCAUUCGUGGGGCUAUUUAGGAAAGAAUAUUCAUGAAGAUUUCGUAAAAAAUAUUGAAGAAGAAUUUUCAAAAAUACGACUUUCUUAUGUACAUAGCAAAGAUAAUUGUCCAGAUACUGAAACCAUUACGCAGAUGCAACAGCCGGCCAGUUAUGGCGAAACGAAGGAUGAAGGUUCGAACAGUUUUGGAAAACAAUUGGAUUGUUUAAAAAAAAAUUUGAAAGAUCAAAAAAAAAAGACAAAAGAUUUUCAGCCCUCAAUACACAAAGAAUUCCAUACUGGCGAACGCACGAAUGAUAAAAAUAAAUUGCGCAAAAGUAGGGUUACAUUUGAUAUUAGUGCUGAUGAAUGCGAUGUAGUGCAAGAAAAACCUGAUCAACCUGAUAAUCGAGAGAGUAUUAAAACGGGCUUAAAACAGACCAGAUUAAGCUUGAUAAAACUGAAUUAUAAUGAAGAAUCCGAAGAUAGUUGGUCGGCUAUUAGGAAAUAUAGAAAUUUAACGAAAGAACUAAACGAACAUAUGAAUGAAGAUACCUCAAUGCAAUCGUCUUAUCGAAAUCCUUUAGCGCAAUUAAAACAAGAUCGGUCUUACGAAGACGAAUUAGAAGAAGUAGAAAAUUUAAAAUUAAAUUCCAUAAAAUCUCCCGUAACUUCUCCACGCGCUGCUCUCGAAUACCGCCGGGAGAUAAUAAAUUUAGAAGAACGACACAAUGUAAAUGAAAGUAGUGAAGCCUAAGCAAGAAAUGUAAACGCAAAGUAUAUCUAAUUAUUAUUAAUAAAUCGAAACUUUACAAGACAAAUGUACUCUUAAAUGAAAACAGUAACAAGUAAGAAAGUUUGGGGACAUGUUUAGGUCAAUUCCAAAUUCUUUUGCAAAUUUUUAGGCAAUAUUUUCACUUUCGCUAACGAGAGGAUGUUCACCACAAAUAUCGCAAAGUUGCGCAAACCGACAGAUGGACAGACGAAGAAGCGGACAUGUUUAGAUG